AUCUGUAAUUGAGUCGAAAGCAGAGUGUUUGGCAAUUGGCAUCCUCAUUCCUCGCUCAUCGCUUCUCAGCUUCCUCUGUACCCAGUCCACCUUUCACCCGCCGUUCCAGACUUCCAGCCUUGCGCCGCCGGCUGGUAUGUGUGCUUUCUUAGCAUUUCUUUCAUCUCCGAUUCUCGGAAGUAGGCUCAUGUUCAACCAGCCGUAAGAUUCGUCCAUGUCGAAUUCGUCGUCGCCAAUACAAUUCUAGGGGUUUCAUGAUGCGAAGAUUCCGUAACUCUUUAUCAGCUUUUCGAACAUUCUGUGGUUCCAAUCCCAUCUUCGCGAGUAUUUCUCCUUCAGUACCCCGUACUCUGCCAAGCACUGAUUUCCAUGCGCCCAGCUUUCCCUCCAAGAAUGAUUGGCGUUUCUACUGUACUCAAAUGGCUGUUGUGUCAGAGCAAACCCUUAGUCCUACUAGGAGGCGCAAUGACCUUAUUGAGCUCCAGAGGGAAAGACUGUGCGAAACUAUAGUGGGAACCUCCGAUUCAUUACAGCCCAAGCAGAAUCUUCACAUGGAGGAAGCACUUGAUCAGCUUGGUAUACAACUCACUACUGAUUUGGUCCUCGAGGUUCUUCACAGGCUUCGUUACGAUGAAAAGACGGCAUUCAGAUUCUUCACGUGGGCAGGGCGACAGGAAGGUUAUAUGCACGAGGCUUGUGCUUACAACGAAAUGAUGGACAUUUUGUCGAGCACCAAGUACAAAGUGAAGCAGUUUCGGAUUGUGUGCGAUAUGCUUGAUUACAUGAAGAGGAGCAACAGGAAGAGUGUUCCCACCGAGAUUCUGUUGAAGAUUUUGAGAGAUUACACGCUGAAGUACCUCACCCAUGUUCAGAAAUUUGCCAAGAAGAAGAGGAUUCGGGUGAAGACUCAGCCGGAGAUCAAUGCCUUCAACUUGCUUCUGGAUGCUUUGUGCAAGAGCUGUCUGGUUGAGGAUGCUGAAGCUUUGUUUCAAAAGUUGAAGAAUAAGGUUAAGCCAGAUAGCAAUACGUAUAACAUAUUGUUCUUCGGGUGGUGCAGAGUUAGGAACCCGACUAGAGCAAUGAAGGUUCUCGAUGAAAUGAUCGAGCUCGGUCUCCCGCCUGAUAAUUUUACCUAUAAUACUGCUAUCGAUUCAUUCUGUAGAGCCGGCAUGGUGGAUGAGGCUGCUGGUCUAUUUGAGUUCAUGAGAACCAAAGGUUCGACGCUUUCUUCUCCUACUGCAAAGACUUAUGCUAUAAUGAUUGUAGCUCUAGUUCAGAAUGAUAGAAUGGAUGAGUGCUCGAAAAUUAUAGAGCAUAUGACUGCAAGUGGUUGCCUUCCGGACGUCCCAACAUACACAGAAAUGAUUGAGGGAAUGUAUACAGCUGGCAAGACGGAUGAAGCAUACCGGUUUUUGAAAGAGAUGGGGGACAAAGGUUAUCCUCCUGAUAUAGUUACUUACAAUUGUUUCCUGAAUGUGCUUUGCAAGAACAAAGAAGCUGAUGCAGCACUCAGGCUGUAUGGGCAAAUGUUUGAGGCGGGGUGUUUGCCUAGUGUGCAGACGUAUAAUAUGCUGAUCUCUAUGUUUUUUAAGAUGGAUGAUUAUGAUGGUGCUUGUGAGACUUGGGAUGAAAUGGAGAAAAGAGGGUGCGAAAGAGAUGUCGAUACCUAUAGUGUGAUGAUUGAUGGGCUCUUCCAUUGCAAUAAGAUGGAGGAUGCCUGUUGUCUUGUAGAAGAGAUUGUUGAUAAGGGGAUGAAGCUGCCUUAUCGGCAGUUUGACUCCUUCCUGAUGCAGCUUUCAGUGACUGGUAAUCUAAAAGCCAUCCACAAACUCUCUGAGCACAUGAGGAAGUUCUAUAAUCCUGCCAUGGCAAGGCGGUUUGCACUAAAUCAGAAGAGGAGAAGCCAAAGUUUUCGAGGAAGAAAGAAUAUAUGAGUAUGAUCUGUACUUUAGCCGUGUUUUACUCCAUGUUUUGUUAUAUUUUAGUUCCUACUUGCUCACUCAUUCAGGUGGCAAAAUCUAGUUCGACAAUGUCUUUCGAGGUCUCUCGAGCUUAUCUUUGUUUUCUCUUUUAAGAAUAGUAUUUGUUUCUCACUCCACGAUAUUGCUGCCAACAUUAACGAUAUCCCAUUUUUCAGCAUUUCAGUGCAGAAACUUAGGUGAUAGCGGCUAUGAAAUAUCUAAAUUGAACGGGUGCUGGACAUCUAUUGCAUUCUUAUAUACUAGUAUGAUAACUGUUGUUGCUCCUACGGACUAUGUCGUGUGGUAGAGUAACUAGUCUUCUUUAGAACGAAUGAUCACUUGUGUCUCUUGAGCAGUUUGAAUUGUGACCAUUUGAAUUUGGUUCGUGCCUGAUGCAAAACACUUGUUUCAUGUUGCAUCCUUGUUCUACCCUCUAAUACAGAUGACUCCCUCUCUUAGUCUCUUAACAUAUGGAUGCCCUUUUUGCAUUAGGUUUGGAGCAACAGUUGCCAGUUCAACAUCGGGAGAAUUUUGUUUCCUCGAGAGGAACUCCAGGGUGUCAGGGACACAAGCCAGCAUGUUAGAGUGCAGGUAAAAGCUGUGAUAUGCUUUUGAUGAAACUGCUGUUUACCCCCCUUCUUUUAAUGAAUGCAAAAAUGUCUUAGGUUCAUCAACUAUGCUUUCCAUUAGUAAAUGCAAAUGAAAGGGAAUUCAAUAAAUUUUCACGUGGCACGACAAUUGUGAAUCGAGUUUGUAAAACGGGCAUCAGAAUUUUUCUAUAGAUCCUUUUGCCUCAGAUUCCAAGAACCAAAGCUCAUUGAGAUCGUGGUAGCAGUAUCAUUGCGAUCAUGAUUGUGAUAAUAUUCGACAUCAAGUUAAGGGAAUCUUAUGAAAGUUCUAUUUGGUUUUAUCAGGCACAUUGCAAGAGGUUCAGUCAUCGCGCAAUGUCAGUUGCUAUAGUGCAUUUUGUACUCUGGAGGCUGGUGCGAGUGUCGGAACGAGAUGGUGGAAGAGCGACAUUGUCAGCCUUCCAUGGACUUGGAAGGUCAAAAUACGCAUCAUGAAGACAUCUCGUGAUGAUCCUGACCUGAUCAGGUCACCCACCAGCAAGCAACAGUUUAAAGAAGUGGGCAGCAUCAAAGAUUCUCAAAGGGAUGAAGAGAUCUCAGGUUGAGCCCUCUGGAAGUGAGAAUCGCCGUGUCUGAAACAAUUAGAUCGGCCAUUGAUAGAAAAUCGACGAGGAAUAAGGAAUUACACCAGGCGUCGGAGGAACAAGAAAGGUAAAAUACACACAGAAAAUAAGCAUUUGCUAAGCAG